ACCACCACCGUCGUCACCACCACCUCCACCACCCCCAUCACCACCGCCACUCUCAACGCUUUCAGCCGGGCCCUCGACCAGGCCCAUACCCGCCGCAACCAUGCUGACCAUGUACUCUGGCAAGAAGCUCGCCGAGCUGCCGCCUGGUGUCCAUGCUGCGCCUUCUCCACAGCUGCGCGCAAGAGGCGCCUCGCCCCAGCCUGCCCCCACGUCCGGAGCCACACAGACAUGCGACUCGCGCGAGGAGAGGCGGCGCGUACACCACGAGGGCGAUAUCGUCAUUGUUGGCGCUGGUGUCCUGGGCUGCGCUGCCGCCGUCGCAUUCGGCAAGCAGGGCCGCAGCGUCAUAUUGCUGGAGAAGAGCUUGAAGGAGCCCGAUCGCAUUGUCGGCGAGUUGCUGCAGCCGGGAGGCGUGCACGCAUUGGAGAAACUGGGCAUGAGGGACUGCCUUGACGACAUUGACGCCAUCCCUUGCUAUGGCUAUCAAGUCAUGUACCACAACGAAGAGGCGCACAUUCCCUACCCCGACAAUCUUAUCAAGGAUGCCUCCAAGCCCCCCGAGGGCCGCUCCUUCCACCACGGCCGCUUCAUCUCCAAGCUGCGCGCAAAGGCAAAGGCGACGCCCAAUGUCACCCUCAUCGAAUCCACCGUCACAUCGCUCGUCAAGAGCGACCACUCGGGUCAGGUCGUGGGCGUGUCAUGCCAGACCGACGGCAAGCAAGACUACUACUUUGGCGCCGUGACGCUCAUUGCCGACGGCUAUGCCUCCAAGUUCCGCAAGGAAUACAUCCCCCACCAGCCCCAGGUCCGCAGCAAGUUCUGGGGCCUCGAGAUGAUUGACGCCGUGCUGCCCAUGCCCAACCACGGACAUGUCAUCCUGACGGAUGCGCCCCCGAUCCUCAUCUACCAGAUCGGCACCCAUGAGACGCGCAUUCUCAUCGACGUACCUGAGAACCUGCCCUCUGCGGCGCCCAAGAACGGCGGCAUCAAAAACCACAUGCUCAACGUGGCCUUGCCCCGCCUCCCGGCAUGCGUGCAGCCCGCCUUCCGCAAGGCCGUUGAAGCUGGCAAGCUCCGAAGCAUGCCAAACUCCUUCUUGCCCCCGAGCACCCAGAAACAGCCCGGUCUGAUCAUCCUCGGCGACGCAAUGAACAUGCGCCAUCCGCUUACUGGCGGCGGCAUGACGGUCGCCUUCAACGACGUGGUACUUCUGUCAUCCCUCCUCUCACCCUCCAAGAUCCCCUCUCUCGAAGACUCAAACGCCGUCCUCGAAGCAAUGAGCUCUUUCCACUGGCAACGCAAAAACGGCACCAGCGUCAUCAACAUCCUUGCCAUGGCCCUGUACUCGCUCUUUGCCGCAAACAACGUCUACCUCGAGCUCAUCAAGAAGGGUUGCUUCAAGUACUUUUUGCGCGGCGGCGCCAGCGUCAGCGAGCCCAGCGGCAUGCUGGCUGGUUUGAUUACUCAUCCCUGGAUGCUCGUCUGGCACUUUUUCUACGUGGCCAUUUAUGCCAUUUAUGUGCGCCUCUGCGAAGUGCCACUGUGGAUGGCACCGUGGACCCUGUUUGUCGAAAGUUUCAUGGUGAUUUGGACGGCGUGUAUGGUCAUUGGACCCUACCUUCUUGCCGAGACAAAGAGCUAGUUAUCUUUGUUCAACAUUAUCUCUCAUGCAUGGUAUGAAAGAAAAAAGAUGGAUAAAGAUGAUAUGAGCAUGAGUGAGUAAAACCAUGAGCAUGAGCAUGAAUACCAUGAUCAACGGGCAAGUAUAAUGUACAUACACCUUGUUUUUUUUUCAUAUUCUUCUAAUUCUCUUCACUACGCCUGGUUCGGAAACGCGGCGUUUCUUGUAAGUAACUAUCUUUGUUUGGCAUUUCGUGGCGUUGAAGUUUUAAUACGCUUAUCAUAGCGCUUGAGAGCAGGUGAGAGAAGGAAA